UGGAACCCCCGUUUGCUCGCGCGUCGGCUGGUUUCUGGCUCUGCCGCCCUGCCUGCUUCUCCCGAUCCCCUUCCGAGGUAACCCGUUAGCUUGGCUGCCUCAGCACUGUCUCACACCACCGACCCACCCUUUCAGUUCCGUGGAGAUUCCAGUUGUUUAGUUGGCCGGCAUGGCUGCUGAAUGCGAGAGCUGCAACUGCAGUGCCUGGGCAGCAAAUGAUCCCUCUGGAGUACUCUCCCCUCACAGCUUCAACCGUAGGGCUGUACGACAUGAUGAUGUUUCUUUGAGGAUCACACACUGCGGUGUCUGUUUUGCUGAUGUUCAGUGGACAAGAAAUUUGCACCAUGACUCGGUGUACCCUUUAGUCCCUGGGCAUGAGAUUGCUGGAGUUGUAACCGAGGUCGGUUCAGACGUCAAGGACUUCAAACUGGGCGACCAUGUGGCUGUUGGGACAUACAUCAACUCAUGCCGUGACUGUGACAACUGCAACAGCCUCCUCGAGAACCACUGCUCAAAUUUUGUUUUCACUUUCAAUGGUGUUGAUACGGACGGUACUGUCACAAAGGGAGGAUAUUCCAGUCACAUUGUAGUUCAUGAACGGUACUGCUAUAAAAUACCUGAUGGCUACCCACUGGAAAAGGCCGCACCUUUAGCUUGUGCUGGGAUCACUGUGUAUACACCGAUGAUACGGCAUAACAUGAACCAGCCAGGAAAAUCACUUGGUGUCAUUGGUCUUGGUGGGUUGGGUCACAUGGCAGUGAAAUUUGGGAAAGCCUUUGGACUGAAUGUGACAGUUUUGAGUACAAGUGAAUCGAAAAGAGAUGAAGCUAUCAACCUUCUUGGUGCAGAUAAUUUUGUGGUAUCAUCAGAUAAAAACCAGAUGGAGUCCCUGAAAAAUUCUCUGGAUUUCAUUGUCGAUACUGCCUCUGGUGACCACCCAUUUGACCCUUAUCUCGCGCUUCUGAAAGUCCGUGGCGUAAUGGCACUAGUUGGCUUUCCUGGAGAAAUCAGAGUGCAUCCUGCAUCACUCAAUCUUGGUGCACGGACUCUAUCUGGCAGUGUAGUCGGAGGCACCAAGGACACCCAGGAGAUGAUAAACUUCUGCGCGGUAAACAAAAUAUACCCAAAUGUUGAGGUGAUAAAAAUAGACUACAUCAACGAGGCUCUCGAGAGGCUUGUCAACCGGGAUGUGAAGUAUCGGUUUGUAAUCGACAUAGAGAGCUCUUUCAAGUAAUAUCUUCACGGUUGGCACAUUUUCGAAUCCUUAUAAAAGUGUGUAGAAUAAAGUUGAAUCUUGCAAACAAUCGCGGCUGACUAGUGAUAGAGGGCUUUCCUCUGUAAUGUGAUGGUAUGCUUUCCGGUCCGUGAUAGAAGAUUGUUGUGAAGAUACGCAUAUUACUUUCAGAAAAUAUGUAAAUAGACCUCCUAUGGAUGCUCAAUUAUUGUAGUAUCAAAUUUUCUGAAUUUUCAACUGAUCAACACGUGAGCAAUGGUCAGAU